CCCACGAAUUCGAGACCAGCAUGGGCAACAUGUCUUUCACCAUAGGGAGACCCCCAUCUCUACAAAAAAUUAUAAAAUAAAAUUAGCCCAAUGUGGUGGCUUGCAGACUAUAGUCCCGGAUACUCGGGUGACUGAGGCAGGAGGUGCUUAAACCCAGCAGUUUGAGGCGGCAGUGAGCUAUGAUUGCAGCCCUGCACUCCGGCCUGGGUGACAGAACCUGUAUCAAAACAAAAACAAAUAGGCAUGGCUACAGUAACCUUCCAGCAGUCAAGAAGAUGACUUUCAGCCAGUACCUCUAUAGCAACCUCUGCAAGGGCUUGGGGGCCUUGCUCUCAGAACAGGGCUUUCAUCUUACGAACAAGUUCCUGACCUACUUCCCUGGGAGGAGCACCGAGGAUGGCCUCAAGCACGAGUAUUUCUGCGAGAUCGCCCUCCCGCUCCCCACUGACCCCUCGAUGUUCCCCACGUGGGCCGCAAAGAGUGAGCAGCAGUGUGUGAAGUGGAGCACACCUCCCGCUCCCCGCUAGGGAGGCCUGGGCUACGGCCAGCUGGGUGACGACCACCUGAAGGAAACUGGCUUCCACUUCACCAUCACGAACCAGGGCGCCUCGGUCGCGGGCCCGGCUUCAACCUCAAGUUCUGGCAAGGUCAGAGCCCACUCCAAGUCAUGGGGAGGAUUCAGCCCGGACCAUGGGGCAGCUGCUGCGGCUGAGCUACCUUGA